CAUGGUGCUUGGUCGUGUGCGCAGGUGUGUGGGACUGCGUUACGUUAGCUAGCCGGAUUGUGCGGAGCCAAAAUGAGCUAGCACAGAAGGACAAUAAAGGUGUCCACGAUUAGAACAAGCUAACUAGUUAGGUAGUUUACUUUCCGUAAGGCCGGGUCACGUUUUUGCCCAAUCACUACACAGCUGAUUCAAAAUAACCAACUCAUCAGGCCGUCAUUGUAAAUAAUAAUUUGUUUUCUGACUUGCCUAGUUAAAUUUAAAAAAAAUCACCACGCUUUGAUUUAUUUAAUGUAACGUUUAUGCUAGGGCAAAAACCUGCACCUAGCGGACGGGGGACCCAGGACCGAGUUUGGGGAAACCCUGACAUAAGUGAGGAAGAGGAUGGUGAGCAGCCAGCCGAAGUACGAGCUGAUCCAGGAGGUAGGGCGUGGCAGCUACGGCGUGGUCUACGAGGCGCUGGUGAAACGCACCGGGGCUCGGAUGGCCGUGAAGAAGAUCCGCUGCCACAGCCCAGAGAAUGUAGAGCUGGCCCUCAGGGAAUUCUGGGCCCUGAGCAGUAUCCAGAGCCAGCACCCCAACGUCAUCCACCUAGAGGAGUGUGUCCUGCAGAGGGAUGACCUGGCUCAGAGGAUGAGCCACGGGUCCUGCUCCCCACUGUACCUAGAGCUGGUGGAGACAUCUCUGAAGGGAGAGAUAACCUUUGACCCGUGCUGUGCAUACUAUCUGUGGUUCGUCAUGGACUUCUGUGACGGAGGAGACAUGAACGCUUACUUGCUGUCCCGUAAACCCAGCCGCAAGACCAACACCAGCUUCAUGCUGCAGUUAGGAAGCGCCCUGGCCUUCCUCCACCGAAACCAGAUCAUCCACCGAGAUCUGAAGCCUGACAACAUCCUCAUCUCCCAGGGAAGGACCUUGGCGGGAACCCCCGAGCCCACCCUGAAGGUGGCAGACUUCGGGCUGUCAAAGGUCUGCUCCACGUCGGGCCUCAACCCUGAGGAACCAGCCUCCGUCAACAAGUGUUUCCUCUCCACAGCGUGCGGCACGGACUUCUACAUGGCUCCAGAGGUGUGGGAGGGCCACUACACGGCUAAAGCAGACAUCUUUGCCCUGGGCAUCAUCAUCUGGGCCAUGGUGGAGCGGAUCACGUUCGUUGACGUGGAGACCCAGAAGGAGCUCCUGGGAAGCUACGUGCAGCAGGGGGAGGAGAUCGUGCCCCUCGGGGAGGCGCUCCUGGAGAACCCCAAGAUGGAGCUGCUGAUCCCGGCCAGGAUGAAGAGCAUGAACGCCGGCAUGAAACAGCUGAUCAGGGAGAUGCUGUCGUUCAACCCUCAGGAGAGGCCUGACGCCUUUGAACUGGAGCUCCGGCUGGUCAGGAUCGCCUGCAGAGAGCUCGACUGGGACACGUGAUAAUUGGGGUGGAUAGGAGGAGAGCGGACCAUGGGACUUGUUCUCACAACGUCAAGCACUUGUAUCUAGUCCUAAUUCACCACUGUUAGCUCUGGUGGCCGAGGCCACACAAUGGGAGUUUGUUUUUCUUUUAAGGGAACAAUUCAAACGUUGCAAAGAUUUUGGCUUUGCAGUUGGAUAUUGGUUCAGAUGUAGGACUACUGGUUAACCUGUUGAUAGCCAGUCUGUAAAAAUGUUAGUUUUGAAUGUUAACAGAGCAAGGCUGUCCAUAAGCACAUUCAGCUGUCUGUCUCUCAGAAGGAGAGGUUUUGCUAGCCACCCCAGUGGUUUAAGCUAACCUGUUAACUUUAGCUCUCUUUAGUUGUUUGCCUACAAAUUCCACCCCAGUCUCGGUGCUAAUAAUCAUACUUCGGAUGCAAUUUAUGAUACAGGGAGACCGCAUCCUGUGUAGAUAUGAUGCAAUUAAAUUCCAAUUUAGACACGCCUCAGUGAUCGUAAACUGUGCACGGCUGGGUUUACCAGUAUUCUGUGACCACACCCUGCUCCUCCCCAUUAACACACACACACACUCUUCCCACUGCUCAGGUAAAAUCGAAGAUAUACUGUUCGUUGGGAUUUGUAGACAACUGGCUGUUUUGAAGAGAGAGAAACAUGACAUAUCACAGGACGGUAUUCUGAGCUGGCCCUGAGCCAACUAUGGGAUCAGGCUAGGUCUUGGUAUGCCAUCCCAGACAUAACCUAGCAUAACCCCCCUGCCCAGUCAUAACCUAGCAUAACCCCCCUGCCCAGUCAUAACCUAUCAUAACCCCCUGCCCAGUCAUAACCUAGCAUAACCCCCUGCCCAGUCAUAAUCUAGCAUAACCCCCCUGCCCAGUCAUAAUCUAGCAUAACCCCCUGCCCAGUCAUAAUCUAGCAUAACCCCCCUGCCCAGUCAUAACCUAGCAUAACCCCCUGCCCAGUCAUAACCUAGCAUAACCCCCUGCCCAGACAUAACCUAGCAUAACCCCCUGCCCAGUCAUAACCUAGCAUAACCCCCCGCCCAGACAUAACCUAGCAUAACCCCCUGCCCAGACAUAACCUAGCAUAACCCCCCUGCCCAGUCAUAACCUAGCAUAACCCCCCGCCCAGUCAUAACCUAGCAUAACCCCCUGCCCAGUCAUAACCUAGCAUAACCCCCUGCCCAGUCAUAACCUAGCAUAACCCCCCUGCCCAGUCAUAACCUAGCAUAACCCCCUGCCCAGACAUAACCUAGCAUAACCCCCUGCCCAGACAUAACCUAGCAUAACCCCCUGCCCAGACAUAACCUAGCAUAACCCCCUGCCCAGACAUAACCUAGCAUAACCCCCUGCCCAGACAUAACCUAGCAUAACCCCCUGCCCAGACAUAACCUAGCAUAACCCCCCUGCCCAGACAUAACCUAGCAUAACCCCCUGCCCAGACAUAACCUAGCAUAAGCCUAGUCAGCCAGUAUCAUAAUUGUCCUGGAAUUUGUCAUGAUUGCCCCAUAAUGAAAAUAAUUUUGGUGUUGUGUUUGGAAUGUGUUUGGAAUGUAAUUAAGUCCAGAGACAGCAAGCUGCUUAUUCAAAACACAUAAAGGAAUGUGUUGUUGCCCCAAACUAACAUUGAUGUAUUUAACUGAAGAGCCAGUGUUCUGCUUGUAUUAUUAAAAUAUAGUGCUUGAAUUUAGACUCCCAACUGAAGGCCAGUGUAGUUCCGAAUGAAACCUGUGUGAACGGAAUGGUUAGGGGUAUGACUUCACUGGCAAUCACUUGAUGAAAAAAAAGCACUUUUAUUUUGUUAUUUUCCUUUUUCAUAACUUACCAUGCUAUUAUCUAUCACCUUGAGAAACAGUGUUUACUAGGGGAAUGGGAGGAUAUUGUCAAACAGCAAACAAGAAGUCUCUCUUACACACACACACACACACACGGUUUAUUGUCAGCACACAGAACGUCUACUUAUGUAUGCAAUGCCUCUCCCCUUCAGAGAGGAGAUUUAGGCAGCACAGCGUACACACAGUUGUCCCUGAGCCCAGAGGAUCUAUAAAAAAAUACAAUUUAGUGUUUUAACCUGAUCUCCUCUCACUGUCAGUUUUCACCUCGGGUUUCCCCAGAACAGACACACACCUCUGUUUCCCUUGGGUCCCGCUGGAUUUAACGGUAAUCCCCUUCUCCACGCUUCCUUCCGACAGACUCAUACUAAGCCUAUUACGUUUGGUGUAGGUGGCAGAGGUAAAGGAAGGAGCUCUCUGUGGACCCAGGCCUAUAGCUUUGCAGGUCAUAAUUUGUGCGCUUCUAACAGUUGUGAAAAUGAAAACGUUAUCAAUAUCGAAAAAACGUAGAUUUAGUGUGUCAUUCAAACAGUGGCAUAAGUUUUAAAAUGUAUUUCAUACGAGCUGGCUGUCGCCAACAUUAACCUGCAUAAUUGCUUUUUUAAAUGUCUUCCAUUGCCAAAAUACUUUUGUCUUUCAUGAUAUUAACAUACUUUAUGCCUUUAUUUUAAUAUCUCCACACACUAGCACCUAGCACUACAUUGUGUGAUUGUUGCGGUGGCCAGGCACAUUUUCAGAGUUUUGGCUUUUGGGUUUUUAUCUCUGCUGUUUUACCCCUACAAUAUUAGCACUGAUUGCCCCUUUAAUAAAAUAUCUAAAGCACAA